UUCUUUCUCUUUCUUUUUGUAAUAGCGGGGUGUCAGCUGUAACCUGAUUUAGUCAGCCCGCAUCACUCAGAAAGGACUGACACAGAGCACAAAGGUGCAUCAGAAUAAGUGCACGUUAGUCACCACCUCUGCUUCAACAUGGCUUUUGUAAUCAAUCAGUGUGCACCUCCGCCUGUGAUCAUCGAGGUCGUCCAGGCUCAGCCAGCUGUAGCAGUGAUCCAGCCUCCUGGCCCUGUGGUGGUUCAGUCUCCUAUGAAAUCCCUACCCGCAUCAACGAGGUGUGGUUUCUGCCGUCAGCACAUUGUCACAAUGACUCGACCCAUCAAUGGACUCCUCACCUGGGUGGUUUUCGGGGCACUCUUCAUCUUGCUCAUAUGGCCAUUCUGCUUGAUUCCUUUCUGCCUGAGGUCCUGCAAGGACAUCGAGCACACCUGCCCCAUGUGCAGGAACGUUCUCUACAUUCACAAACGGAUGUGAGACGUUUCACACAGGAGAACCUGGAAAAUAUCAUAAACCCAAAUGACGGAUGUAGAAGAAGUAAUAAUCUUGUUUUUUUCUUAAUAUGUAAUUAAGAAUGUAUAAUGUAAUUAGUUAUACCAUUAAAAAUAGUAUUCAAAGACACAUUACAUUUUUUGUAUCUGCUUCUAUAUAUAUCUGCUUCAGUUACUGAAAUCAUUGUUCUUUACAUGUUCUCAUUUGUGAAAAGUGUUAAUAUUUCAAAGCAAAUUUCUCUGUAAACCUUGCAAUAAUCAGAUGUUUAACAUUAAAUUGGUAUUCAGAAGAAAUGAGUAAAA